GGUCGCCGCGUGUACCCCGGUGGGCAAGACCUCAGGUGUGCGGUGGCUGCAUGGCCUCAGAGGGUCACGGGCUCCCAGCCUGGAGUUGGAGGAGAGGUCCCGCCGCGGGAGGGUCCGCCACUGGCUCUGCCCCGAGCGCAGAGGGAGGAGGAGGAGGAGGGAGGUGGCAGGCCGGGCAGGUGGGAGGGGCCGGCUGUCGUGAGGGGGGCCCCGCCCGGCCCCAUGGCCCCUCACCGCCAGUCCACCUUAAGGGGCGUGCUGACAUCAGCACGCUGUCUCCGCCGGCGCCUGGGAGGUGGGAUUUCCUCUGCUGCCACCGCUGCUGCCUGGGUCCUGCCCGUCCAGCCGGCCCCGCCCGCCCGGCCCCGAGGAGGGAUGCGGCGGCGCGGCGCCCAGGAUGCCCCGCAGCCCCGGGACGCGCCUCAAACCCGCCAAGUACAUCCCGGUGGCCACAGCGGCCGCACUGCUGGUCGGCUCCAGCACCCUGUUCUUCGUGUUCACGUGCCCAUGGUUGACACGAGCUGUGUCCCCAGCCGUUCCUGUCUACAAUGGCAUCCUCUUCCUCUUUGUGCUGGCCAACUUCAGCAUGGCCACCUUCAUGGACCCUGGCGUCUUCCCCCGAGCGGAUGAGGACGAGGAUAAGGAGGAUGACUUCCGGGCCCCGCUGUACAAGAACGUGGAUGUGCGGGGCAUCCAGGUCCGUAUGAAAUGGUGCGCCACCUGCCACUUCUACCGCCCGCCGCGCUGCUCCCACUGCAGCGUCUGCGACAACUGCGUGGAGGACUUCGACCACCACUGCCCCUGGGUCAACAACUGCAUUGGGCGCCGCAACUACCGCUACUUCUUCCUGUUCCUGCUGUCGCUCAGUGCGCACAUGGUGGGCGUCGUAGCCUUCGGCCUGGUCUAUGUGCUGAACCAUGCCGAGGGGUUGGGCGCCGCGCACACCACCAUCACCAUGGCCGUCAUGUGUGUGGCCGGCCUCUUCUUCAUCCCUGUCAUCGGCCUCACUGGCUUCCACGUGGUGCUGGUCACUCGGGGCCGCACCACCAAUGAGCAGGUGACGGGGAAGUUCCGUGGGGGUGUGAACCCCUUCACCCGCGGCUGCUAUGGGAACGUGGAGCACGUGCUGUGCAGCCCCCUGGCGCCCCGGUAUGUGGUGGAGCCGCCCCGGCUGCCGCUCGCCGCUUGCCUGAAGCCGCCCUUCCUUCGGCCGGAGCUCCUGGAGCGAGCGGCACCGCUCAAGGUCAAGCUUAGUGACAACGGGCUGAAGGCUGGCCUGGGCCACAGCAAGUCCAAGGGCAGCCUGGACCGGUUGGAUGAGAAGCCGCUGGACCUGGGGCCGCCGCUGCCCCCCAAGGCGGAGGCCGGCACAUUUGGCAGCGACCUGCAGACCCCACGCCCCGGCAGUGCUGAGAGCGCCCUGUCGGCGCAGAGGACCAGCCCCCCGACACCCGCCAUGUACAAGUUCCGGCCCGCCUUUCCCACGGGUACCAAGGCGCCCUUCUGUGGGCCGGGCGAGCAGGUCACGGGCACUGACUCCCUGACGCUGGGGGAGGACAGCAUCCACAGCCUGGACUUUGCAUCCGAGCCCAGCCUGGACGUCCCUGACUACCCGCCCAGCGGCCUGCAUGCGGCCUACCCACCAUCCCCACCACUCAGUGCUGCUGACACCUUCUCAGGCGCCUUGCGCUCCCUGAGCCUCAAGGCCGCCAGCCGGCGGGGCGGUGACCACGUGGCCCUGCAGCCCCUGCGCUCUGAGGGUGGGCCCCCCACACCCCACCGUGGCCUCUUUGCCCCCCACGCGCUGCCCAACCGCAACGGCAGCCUGUCCUACGACAGCCUGCUGAACCCUGGCUCUCCCGGGGGCCACACGUGCCCGGCCCACCCCUCAGCUGGCGCAGCCAGCUACCGCUCGCCCUACCUGCACGCGGGGGCAGCGGGCGACCCACCACGGCCCCCGCCCCGCAGCUUCAGCCCCGUGCUGGGCCUGCGGCCUCGGGAGCCCUCACCUGUGCGCUACGACAACCUGUCCAGGACCAUCAUGGCCUCCAUCCAGGAGCGCAAGGACAGGGAGGAGCGUGAGCGGCUGCUGCGCUCUCAGGCUGACUCGCUCUUUGGCGACUCGGGCGUCUACGACGCACCCAGCUCCUAUAGCCUGCAGCAGGCCAGCGUGCUGUCCGAGGGCCCCCGUGGCCCCACGCUGCGCUGCAGCUCCAGGGACGACCUGGUGGCCGGGCCCGGCUUCGGGGGCGCCCGCAACCCCGCGCUGCAGGCGUCGCUGUCCUCGCUGUCCAGCGCCGUGAGCCGGGCGCCGCGGACCUCCUCUUCCUCCCUGCAGGCAGACCUGGCCAACAGUGGCGCCCCGGGGGCCCGGCCCGCCAGCGGCUCGCACAGGUCACCCGUGCGCCAGGUCCCUCCGUCCCCACCUAGCACUCCCCGCUCGCCCUCCUACGUGGGCCCCAAAGCCGUCGCCUUCAUCCAAGCGGAGCUCCCAGAACCGCCGCCCUCGCUGUCUGUGCAGAGGGACCACCCUCAGCUGAAGACCCCCCCAAGUAAACUUAAUGGGCAGUCCCCGGGCCUGGCCCGCUUGGGGCUUGCCACCGGCCCCCCAGGGCCCUCCGCCAGCCCCGCCCGGCACACGCUCGUUAAGAAGGUGUCCGGCGUGGGUGGGACCACAUACGAGAUCUCGGUGUGAGGACUGACUGCCACCCGUCGCCGUGGCGCCAUGGGAGCCAGGACCCCCCCCCCCCAGCGGCUGCCCCCACUCCCAACUUCUCUGCCCUGGGAGAGGAGGCCCAGGCUUGGUGUGGACGCAUCAGCGGGAGGAGAACCACGCCUCCACGGGCCUAUCCCUCGUCCUCGGCCCGUGCAUCCACUCAUCUGCUCACCAGGGCACGGCUGGGCCAAGGGCCAUGAGGCUGCAGGAUCUGCGUGUUGGUGGCCCUGCUCCCACGAGCUGGGGCAGCAAGGGGGCGUGGACUGCACAGGUUGUCACCAGGCCAGUCCCUACCCACUUCCCUUACACAUGGGUCACCAUGGCCCAGAGAUGGACAGAGAGGCCUGGGCCCCUGGCCGUCCUCCCAGACCAAGGGCCCCACCGCCCAGCUGCUCCUAACCAUUGCCUUUCAGGGACCCGCUGGAAGCUUGUAGCUUGGCAAGGCCCACUCUUCUGCAGGGAGUCCAGGCCCGGCCCACAGGCACCCAGCUCCGGGACUGCUCUGGGUUCUGACGGACAGGUGCACAAAUGGACAGACGGACGGACAGCCAGCUGUGGGUGGGGUCCUGGCUCCGUGUGUCUCGUCUCGCCCAGUUGGUGGGCGCGUCCCCGUGUCUGUGCGCUGAGCUGCCAUGCCACGUCCCAUGUGUUCACGCUCGGGCCCCCGCUGCCCCCACUGCCCGGAAACUCGCUUUAAUUGAAGCCUUAAUCUUUGCUUUAUGCUCUUGUGGGAGGUGACGGGGGCAGGGGGAGCAGGCACAGGAGGCCGGAUGCCACCACGGGGCCCACGCGACCCCGAGUCCCCUCCCUGCAAACUGGAGACCCCCACCCGAGGCAUGCAAAGUCCAGGCCCUGCUGGAGCCUGGGCGCCCACGUGGAAAGCACAUCGGGGAGGGGUCGGAGUUUUGUCUGGCGCCAGGGACCCGAGAGUAAGCACACGGCAGCGUCCGCUUGCGUUGUGUCUGUUUUAUGUUUUUAUAUCUACAUCUAUAUAUCUAUAAUUUUAUUAA